AUGAUGUUGUACGGCCCCCAGCCCCAGCCCCAGCCCAGCCCCAGCCUGUUGGAAGGAAGCUCCUCGCUGAAGAAACAAAGCCCACUGCUGCCACUACCCACUGUCACUACCACUAAAAGCACUACCACUGGGACUGGACGCACAGGUAGCAAACUGCCAGCAGCUUCUCGUAUCCUGAACACCAUCCUGAGUAACUAUGACCACAAACUGCGCCCUGGCAUUGGUGAGAAGCCCACUGUGUCACUGUUGAGGUUCUGUCAACAGCCUUGGCCCUAUUCCAUUGUGGAUAUGGAGUAUACCAUUGACAUCAUCUUCUACCAGACCUGGUAUGAUGAACGCCUUCGUUACAAUGAUACCUUUGAGACCCUUGUUCUGAAUGGCAAUGUGGCGAGCCUGUUGUGGAUCCCGGACACCUUUUUUAGGAAUUCUAAGAGGACCCAGGAGCAUGUGAUCACCAUGCCUAACCAGAUGGUUCGCAUCCAUAAAGAUGGCAAGGUGUUGUACACCAUUAGGAUGACCAUUGAUGCGGGAUGUUCACUCCACAUGCUCAAAUUUCCAAUGGAUUCUCACUCUUGCCCUCUGUCUUUCUCUAGCUUUUCCUACACGGAGAAUGAGAUGAUCUACAAGUGGGAGAAUUUCAAGCUUGAAAUCAAUGAGAAGAACUCCUGGAAGCUGUUCCAGUUCGAUUUUACGGGAGUGAGCAACAAAACUGAAAUCAUCUCAACCCUGCUGAAUUUCCCGCGUGUCUCCUAUAUCACAGCCUUGGAUUUCUACAUUGCUAUCUGCUUCGUCUUCUGCUUCUGUGCUCUGUUGGAGUUUGCUGUGCUCAACUUUCUGACCUACAACCAGACGAAAGCCCAUUCUUCUCCGAAACUCCGCCAUCCUCCAAUUGGUAGCCGUGCUUAUGCCCGUACCCGUGCCCGUGCCCGUGCCCGUCAGCAGCAGGAGGUGUUUGUGUGUGAGAUCGUCACCUCUGAGGGAAGUGAUGGAGAGGAACGCCCAUCUUGCUCUAUCCGGCGAUCCCCCAGCCCAGGUAGCCCCCAGCGUCCCCGUAGCCUGUACUCCAAGCUGGCCUGCUAUGAGUGCUGCAAGGGUUUCAAGAAGUAUUUUUGCAUGGUGCCUGAUUGUGAGGGCAGUACCUGGCAGCGAGGUCGCCUGUGCAUCCACAUCUACCGCCUGGAUAACUACUCUCGAGUUGUUUUCCCGGUCACUUUCUUCUUCUUCAAUGUGCUGUACUGGCUUGUUUGCCUUAAUCUGUAG